AACUACAUAUUUUUUGUGUGACGUAAAAUGGCUGCUGUAGUGCGUGUGAAACGUCGAUUAGAUGAAGAACCGUUAGAAGCCGUUAUAUUAAGUUGUAAAAGGAGAAAAUUGAAUAACGAUGUUGUUAAAGAUGCAGAAGAUACUGAAUUGUCAGCUACAUUACUUAAAUUCGCAGGAACCAUUAAGGAAGAUGAAAAUGUUGUUGCCCACUUAAAAAAGGAACGUAUCCCAGAAAUCACAGAACUAAGAGAGCACUUUAAAAAACAUGCCGUUAAUAUUAACGAGAAGCUAAGAGAACAAAUGAAAGAAACUUCUAAAAAUAACCGUUUCAAAGUGGUAAACUGUUUUCGAUCUGAAAAUGCCGAAGAUAGUUUAACAGCUGAAAAUUCAACCUCCAGCUCCACAAAAAAAGAAUUGACAAUAUUUGAUAUAGAAACAGACUUAAAUGAUAAUGACGUGAAGACUGAAAAUCAGAAUGGGGAAAGUUCUGAGCCAAAAUUUGUUUACGAUUUGUAUUACACAAAUUCAGAUGAUUUAGGAGAUGCAGAUAUAGAUGAUUAUAUAAGUGUUUAUCCUCUUAGCGACCCUUUAAUGCUUGGUUCAACCCGAGAUAACGGACUUAAUGAUGCUGAUAGUGAUGAUGGAAGCGAAGAUUCCAAUGCCGAAAACAACUGGCGAAAUGAUUACCCAGACGAAUCAGACUUGGAAUCGAUAAAUGAAGAUGAUAUGGUUGAGGCAAUGCAGAAUGUUGCUAUAGACGAAGACCUGCUGUCUAGCGAUGAAGGUGAAGAAGGCUUUGUAUACAGUAUUGACAGCGAAGCUGCUGGGUUUGAGGAAGAUGUUGACGAAUCGGACGUCUUUCGGUACGGUGAACGAUACGCUAAGUUUAAAGCGAAGCACAAGAAUUAUAUUGAGAGUAGCGGUGUGGAAAAUGACCUUUAUUAUGGAGAUAUCGAUGAAAACGAGUAUUAUUAUUAGCAACUAUAUUUGCAGGGUAUUUUGUACAAAUAAUACAGUGCAUAUCUUUAUGAGUUAAUUUAAAUUACGUACCUUGUUUUGUUUCAGUAGAAAAAACAAGGAUUUUGUGUUUUUAGUUACGUUAAAUAUUGUCUAGAGAACAUUAUAUUUUCAUUGGUUCCUAUUUAAUUAAUAACCUUAGGAUUUAUUACAU